AUUGGUGAUGUUUGAACAGAAAACGAAUUUCAUGUUUCGAGAAACUAUCUCGCACGAAAGAAUACGAGAGGGAGAGAGAGAGAAAGAGAAAGAAAGAGAGAGAGAGAGAGGGAGAGAGAGAUACACACACACACACAAAUAUUGAAAGGACAUUUAACACGAUUGCACAGUUUACGAUGCGUGUCAUGCGGAUAAAUUGUUAAGAAAGAAAGGAGAGGAGAAAAAGAUAUAGAAGAAAGACUGGAAAAGAAAAAGAGAUAACAAUGUUGAAGCAAAGCUGGAUUUUAAUGUUCCUCAGCGUUGGAAUAACAGCGCUUGCUCCUGCGCGUUAUGAGACUGACGUAGAAUCUUUGAAAAGUGCCCUAAAUGCUGUGAAAAGAAAACAAAUAACGUUGGAACCCACAUCUCAAGAAUAUUACAAUGAUUUUCGUUCGCGAAAGUAUCACGAAGGCAACGUCGAGAGAAAUUUUGAAAUGGAACGACAGAAUGAUCGAGUUCUACCAGAUGAAAAUGAAAAACUUGAAUUUCUACCUAAUGAAAACGGACAACUCGAAAUGGUGGAUGAUGAAUUUCAAGGAAUAAACGACAAGAUGCUUGAGAAGUCGAUUCUCAAUUAUUUGAUGAACGCACAAGAACAGGAACGCGUACCGUCGUCACUCUUUCGUGAACGUGAACGAAGUUCUAGCCAUAAAAGGGCUAACGUAAAUGAUGAUAUAGAUUUUCACGAAAGAGCGAAUUUCAUUUUGGAACAAUUACGGAAUAGCGAUCCUUCUGCUUUAAAAGAACUCGAAGAAAAUUAUUUGGAUGUACCAAUUUCCGAAAAAUAUGGAAUGAACCAAGGAAAGAAAAUCUACGAGAACGAAAGUCCGAUGUCAUGGAGCGAGCUUUUCGACAAAGGAGAUUUUUUACCAGGGGAGGGGGCAAGGAGAAACGGCGAAGAGAAUGAUUUUACGGACAAAGAUAUGGAACAGGACAUCCUUUAUUUCUUGCCAACCGAACGAAGAAACAUAAACGCGAGAUAUCCUUUGGGUCGACAAUUUGACAAAUAUCGGACUUUGGGUAAACGUUAUCCAGUAGCUAAAAGAAGCCCCAAAGAAUUUCAACAGAUGGAGAAACAAAUGAUGGAUCCAAAGGUUGCACAAGAUUUAGGCGCACUAUUUGGCGCGCAAUCCGCCCUUAAGACUCGCAAUUAUACACGAGCGCAUAAUCACGAGCACGAGGACGAGGACGAGCACGAGCACGAGCACGAGCACGAGCACGAAACAAUGCAAAACGAAAACGAAAAUGAUAAUAUUCGUAUCGAUACAACGGAAGCUCCUAAAGUAAAGCCUACUUCUAAGGGUCAAAAGGAAAACGUCACAAAGAUCAAUACAUCAAAUGGGAAGAGCAUCGAAGUGAAGAAGAAGAGCGUCGAUUGGUCUCAGUAUUUUGGUAUCGAUCGUAGAAAGAAAAAGACUAUCUUUCUGGCCCGGCCAGAUACACAAGAUCAAGAUGACGAGUGGAUGUUGCAACGAUACUAUGAGAACAUGGCCGAAAACUUGAAACAUCCCGAAGAAGAAUCCGAGACCGAAAGCAAUGAUAAAAAGGAUAAAAUCGAGCGUAUGUAUACGAUGUUGAGUGACAUCAGUACGGAAUUGGAAAAGGAAAGGGAUUACAUCAUAAACAAACUGGCAGCUGCAUAUUCGUACAAAAAAAUUCGUAAGGCACUGGACGGACUCCACAACAUUCUCGCCAUUCAGAAAGAAAUUCAAAAUAAUUUAACGCAAAACUUUCGUAAUGACGGGACUAUUAUGAAAAGUGAAAAUAAGCGGACUGGCUUCAAUGCAGGCACUAAAGAAGCCUCGGACGUAAACAAGAAAUGUCCUGAUUUAGAGAAAAUCGAACGACACUGUAAGGCUGCCUACAAUUUUGCUGGGGAUAACAAUCAGAUGUUUUACUUUCCAUGCGUUACGUAUCAAAUAUGUAAAGCUUGCGUACCGAAUGAAACAGAAGAGGAAUGUUUAACGAGCUUUGCGUUAGAAGCGGCCAAAGCUUGCGACGCUAUCGUUAAGGAGAAAGGAAUUUACAAGGAGCUCCAAUUCUGUAUCGAUACGAUCCUAAGUUCAAUGAAAUUGCAGCCAAGCAUCGGUAUCUCCGAACAAUGUCGCGUCAACAGGGAAUCUUGUUUACGUCGAUAUCAUUCUCGUUAUCGACAUCGUUAUCCAAGCUUUCCUUUUUAUGUCGAUUUCUUAUUUCGUAGGGAUUCCGAUUUAUCGCAAACGUCUGACUGAUAAGGGAUCACUCGAAUCUCGAAUAGUUAGUCGUAUUGCAAAGGUGGAUAAAUAAAUUGCCAGCCAGAAGAGAAACAAAAGUAACGCGUGCGCUCGAAUCGGAACGCGAUCUUCUAUAAAUUAUUUUUUUAUAUUUUUAAUCGCAUCCUUCUAGCUAAAUAGUUCUUCCCUUAUUUUCUCUGCAGUGCGGUAGCGAACGCUUUAAGGAUUCAAAUAUUAUUCCAAAUUUACAGUUUUUAUUAAAACAAUACAAAUAUAAUCUCAAUCGUCAAAAAUAAUCGUCAAAAUCGAUUCGAGAGCACGUCAUUAGCACAUCAUUAGCACAUCAUUAUUUAUAUUUUAUUUUAUUCUGUUCGUAAUACAGAACUCGUCUGAAUAUUGGACUUUGUUUUAUGGAUAAGUAUAAUAUUUUACAACAUUAAUGACGUACAUAUGUAUAUACAUAUGUAUACGUCCACUUACUUCUUUCCUUGGUUUCUUUUUUCCUCUUUUCGUCGAGAAAUGCUACUCGUCUGGACAAUUAGGAUUAUUUUUUCAUCUUAUAUAUAUAAAAUAUAAUUAUUUUUGAAACAAGGAAGAAAUCAUGUACGAAUUAUAAAGACAAUAAUUAAUAACUAAAAUUUAUGACUAUUUUUAUGUACUGAUCUUACAUUAUCAUUUUUUAUACGGUUAUCCUUAUUAACAAUUGAUCGUAAUAGAAUUCUUCCUUAAAAGAUAAUGAUAAGCCUUGAUAUAUUAUAUGUAUAUGUAUUAGAAAUCCGAUCAAAGUCCGGAUGAGUGGCUCGAACGAGGACAAAAUUGAAUAAUAUAUUUUAUGUGAAUGUACAAAGUUAACAAGUUACAAGUUAAAUGCUGCAAUUAAUAUAACCAACCUAGAACUCUUCCAAAAUGCAUUCUUAUCAGCAAUACAAAUGACAAGUACGAAAAAGAUGUAGUCCAAAUUCUUUAUAUCAUUCCAACACCUAUAUAUUUUUUUCAACACGUAUUAUAUGCAAAAAAAACACCCCAAAAAACAAGGAAAAUGAGAAAUCUAAGAUUUAAUCUGUAAUACAACACAAAUCCUCUUGUUUCUCUUACUUAUUAUCAAACUUUUAUCGAUAAAGAGCAUAACAAUAUAUACAUUAAUGUCUAUAAUAAAAAAUGUUUAAGAAUCAAUAGUAAAUAUCGA